GGCAAACGCUCGAGAGGGCCCGUCGGGCGCCGCGAUGCCUUCCAGGCUUCUCGGGUUGCCGACAUAGAGUCUGAUGAUUCUUCGUCAGGUGAAGAUGGUCCUGUCGAUGAGCAUAUGGAGGGUGGUAUGGCCGAAGAGGAAGCCAUGGAUGUCGGUUCGUCCAGCGAUGAAGAGGAUGAGGAGAAGUCCGGUCGUCCUUACAACGAGCUGCUACAACUGUUGAACACAUCUACCGACUCCAAGGGCCCGGCUCGCAAGAGGAGAAAGGUCGACCAUAAGACUACAGAGACCGUCGAGGUUGUUCGCGAGGACCCUGUUGCGGAGGAAGACGAAGAAGCUCUCGGGGAGGACGAUCUAGAGCAACAAGAGCCUUCAGAUGAAGAGGACAAUGCGAAUCAAGAAGAUGCUGGUGCACAGGAUAGUGAUGACGAAGACGACAACGAUCCUUUCGACACGCACUUUACGAACCCGACGGAAGACGAGCUGGCCAAGAAGAUCAAGGCUAUUGGGGAGAACAAGUGGAAGAAUGCAAAGAAGGAACUGCCAGAAGGCUUGAGGCUUGUGCGCACUAUCCCAGAUACUGGAGACGAUGCGUCCUGGCUACCUCCCAUGAAACAGAUCUCAAGCGUGAAGCUUAAGAGAAAACUCAAAGAGCCAGCCUCCGAUAAAUUCCCCCAAAUUGGUGGACAGGCCCAGCACAUUGCUCCGUACAUCUUCGGCUACCAGGACGUCCUGUAUGGAGCCCGGACGCCAUCCAACUCGGCCCAGAUGCGCGAUCUUCUGGCCCUCCACGCCACCAACCACGUGCUCAAGACCCGCGAUCGAGUGCUCAAGAACAACACACGCUUGGCCAAAGAGCAAGACGCCGACAUCGAUGUCCGAGACCAGGGCUUCACUCGGCCGAAGGUACUUUAUCUCUUGCCUACCAAGCAGGCUUGUGUGCGGGCCGUCGAGUCCAUCACGCGCUUCUUCCAACCCGAGCAACAAGAAAACAAGAAACGUCUCCUCGACACCUUUUCGGCGGCCGAUGACCCGUCAUGGGAGAGCAAGCCGGACGACUUCCGCGAGCUCUUCGGUGGCAAUGACGACGACAUGUUCCGUCUGGGUCUCAAGUUCACCCGCAAGACUGUCAAGUAUUUUGCGCAAUUCUACACCUCCGAUAUGAUCCUGGCCAGUCCACUGGGUCUACGCACCAUCAUGGACCAGGCAGAUGUUAAGAAACGCGACCACGACUUUCUCUCGUCUAUCGAAGUAGUAAUCGUCGAUCAUGCGGAUGCAUUGCUCAUGCAAAACUGGGAUCACAUCGACUACAUCAUGAAGCACCUCAACCUGCAGCCCCGAGAGGCACACGGAUGUGACUUCAGUCGUGUGCGGACAUGGUACCUGGACAACAACGCGCGGUAUGUGCGGCAGAUGAUCAUGCUCACCUCAUUCGUCACUCCGGAGAUGAACUCGGUGUUCUCGACGCACAUGCACAACACCUCGGGCAGGGUCAAGGCCACGCCGAUCCACGCGGGCGCGAUCACCGAGCUCCCCCUCCCGGUCUCGGUCAGGCAGACAUUUACCCGCUUCGACUGUCUCUCGCCGGCGAAAGACCCCGAUGCACGGUUCAAGCACUUCACCACGACCAUCCUCUCGUCGCUGGUGCGCGACAUUGCCUCCGGUCGCGGCAAGGCCAGCGCCGGCGGAACCCUGAUCUUCAUACCGUCGUACCUGGACUUUGUGCGCGUGCGUAAUCACUUCGCCACGUCGCAGCAGACCACCAACGUCUCGUUUGGAGCCAUCUCCGAAUAUACCGAGCAGCGGGAGGCGGCGCGAGCUCGCUCGUAUUUCAUGAAUGGGCGCCAGUCGGUGCUGCUGUACACGGAACGUCUGCACCACUUCCGUCGGUACCAGCUCCGCGGGGUCAAGCGGAUCAUCAUGUACGGAGUGCCUGAGAACCCGGCAUUCUACAGCGAGAUUGUCGGGUUCCUGGGACUGGAUCCAGCCGCGUUGGUGGAGGCGGCCGAGGGAGGCGUGCGGGCGUUGUUCUCCAAGUGGGAUGCGCUGAAGCUGGAGCGGAUUGUGGGCACGCAGCGUGUGGGCAAUAUGAUGCGUGAGAAGGGAGGAGAUACUUUUACGUUUAUGUAG